AUGGAUAAAUCGUUAGAUAGGGUUCGGAGAGCCUGUGAUCGAUGCAAUACUUCCCGGACGCGUUGCAGCGGCGACCUGCCCUGUCGGCGCUGCGAUAAACUCAACUACGCCUGCCAGUAUGAGCGUGCCGUCAAGAAACGCGGUCCAAAACCCAGGUCCCAGUCGAGCACCCACCAAGCCAGGCGCAGCGCCAACGCUGGUAUACGAGUAAGGACCUACCCUUCGCCGGUAUCGACAGCUUCUGGUAAAAGUCUGCCUGGUAGUGAUAGAGGAUCACCAUGCGCGAAGUCAGAACGGGUUGAAAAUGGGAGCUGUCCGAAUACGCCAGUGAGGGCUGACGGGCUCUACUUCAGCGCUAACGUCCAGGAUGAUCACUUGUACCUGGACAAGGCGACGACCGAGGGUUCAGUAACGAGUAUCCCUAACCGCACUCACUUUCCUCUGAAUUUAUCGUCUGUUGCGAUGUCGAGUCACAAGAUCUACAGUACUCCCAGUUGCCGCUAUCCAUGUCUAAACCCGGUGCUUCCGCUCCUGCAGGGAACAAUGACAGCAGAAGAUGCAUGCAAACUCCUUGACAUAUACUUUGCGGAUCCAGAGACGGGAGGUUCAAUUUCUGGCUGUCCGUACGUGCUUUCACCAAUCAUUCGAGUGCAGUCGCUCCUGCGGGAGACAAACCCGCGCCCGGUUUCACCUGCUCUCCUGAUGAUAAUCCUUUGGUGCGCCUCUCAUACGGCCCAUCUGGGCAUCUUUUCAGAUUCGAGUACACGUCUACGGGUCACGCAACGUUUGUAUUUUCUCUCGAUGAAGCUUCUGCGGGCCAGAGACUGCGAGACCUGGCAUCAAGCAGCUGAAACAGCCCCAAGAUGGAUAUGGCUGACCGUUCCUCCGGUAGGCGAGUGCGUACCACUGUCUGAUAUGCCCUUAUAUGGCACGAGCGUCGACACUGGUCCCUCUGCUGUUUGUGACGGGAAGGUCGAGCAAGGUGUGGAUGACGUGCUGAGCUACGUCCUGUUAACAUGCGUAGUCUCAGUCACCGAGUUCAAAGACGAGGCUCUAACAUGGUGGAACAAAGCUGUGCGCCUGGUGAAGAGGCUGGGGUUCCAUUCCGAAGCACGAAUAGCGGAGAAUACACCUUCCUGGCAGCAGAUGUCCUUGACUGCGCGCGAGGAACAGGAAGAACGAAGGAGGGCUUUUUGGCUGGUUUAUUCUCUCGAUCGACACCUAGCCCUGUCCUAUAACGAACCACUGCACAUACUUGAUCGGGAGUGUCAGGUGCUAUGUCCAUUGCCUGAACGAGUCUGGCAAAAUCUUGACAAGAUACCGUUGGAGGAUAUCCCACCACGCGUCUUUGGGCCUCCGACUUGUAUAACAGGCACCACUUUCUUCGAAUACUUUCUCCCAUUAAUGGCGAUCCUUGGCGACAUCAUCGAGUUGCGCUCAAGAAACCAGCAUCCGCGUUUGAGAGGCUUCGAUGGAUCCUACCUCACCGGCACCGUUGAGACAGCGCUCGCUGACUGCGAGUACAGUCUCCACGUUCUACAGGCCGUAAAGGAAUCGACCAAGAUUUGCAGUAAUGAGUUAUUCAUGUUACCGAAUCCGCCCUCCUUCAGUGGCUCGCCUUCCCGCGCAAGCUCGACGAAAACCGAGCUGCGACGGGUUGAAGUCGCUGUAGCGUACGGCCAGUAUCUGAUCCAGGUUCUACAUAUCCUUCUGCACCGUGGAUGGGACCUGGUCACAGUUGGUCUGUUUGAUGCAAGCUGUGCUCCGCUCGCAUACACAGCCCAUUCCGUCGCUGCUGGAUAUACUAUCAACCAAAUACUAAACCUGGACCAGGACUUGUCGUUUAUCCCCUUCGUAUUUGGGACCUACCUCUUCCAUGGAAGUCUCGACUUUCUCUCAGUCGUGCAUCAGAUAAGCCAGGCCGGGGCAAUAGAUCUAGCAAAGCAGGGCUGCGGAGCCGUCCUUCAUGCGCACGAAGUGGCACUGAAGACACUAGAUACCUCUUUCCAAGUAGGACAUAAGGGAAAGCGUCUCUCGAGCCAAACGAUUCUUUACAGCAUGAUAUGUGAAGAUAUAUCGCCCAGAAACACGACAAGAGCGAAAAUGGCCCAGAACGGGUACAGAACUGGCUCUUAUCUAUAA